AAUUUUCAGAAUUUCAUUCAAAAUUCAGACCUAAAGCAGAAGCCAUGCCGGGUGCUUCGACUAUCUGUUUCAUAAGUCUUCUGGCUGCGUCUACAGCAUGCUACAUUUCCAACUGCCCAAUUGGGGGCAAGAGAGCAGUGAUGGACACUGGCAGUAGAAAGUGUAUGCCAUGUGGUCCUGACAAUAAGGGGCGUUGCUUUGGCCCCAGUAUCUGCUGUUCUGAAGAGCUCGGCUGCUACAUAGGAACCCCCGAGAGUGCACGCUGUCUGGAGGAAAGUUUUUUGUCUUCUCCAUGUGAGGCUAGUGGUCGAGUGUGUGGACUGGAAGAGGAUGGACACUGUGCAGCACCUGGGAUCUGUUGUGAUGAAGAGAGCUGUCACAUGGAUGCCAUAUGCGCACAAGGAGAAAUUUACAGUAGCCGCCUGGAUGGAGGAAUGUCUACCCCGGGAGAAUUUGUCCUUAGAUUACUUCAUCUGGCAGAUCGACAGUCUGAAAGGAAAUAAGAUUAGUGAUCACCAAAAUAAUAAUGUAAAAUACUGCUGUUGAUUAAAUAACCCAUUGACGGAUUUAUUUUUUAAUCUAAUUUUUAAUGUUAAUCUGACUUGGAUUGAAAAUAUGUUUGUGGUAUCAAUAAAAUAAACCUUUUACAUCUGA